AUGCCUCAUCUCACACCUCUUGAAAAAGCCGCUAGUGGUGCAUUAGCGUCUGCUUUUGCAAACACUCUUGUCUAUCCCCUAGACUUGAGCAAAACCAUUAUCCAAACGCAAGUGAAAAAGCGUGAUCCUUCCGCCCAGGCAAUGGCUAUGGGCCGGAGUGUAUCCACAAGCAGCGAACACUUGUGGGAACAGCUGCAGCGAGGUAACGAGUUGAAAUAUAAGAGUGCUCUUGAUGUUUUGCACAAAAUCUACAAGAAAAAAGGUGUGUUGGGCUGGUACCACGGCUUGCUCUCUUCAAUCGUCGGCACAACAGCGCAGAACUUUUCCUAUUUUUACUGGUACACCAUCGUCCGGCGUGUCUUUGCUCGUUUGACAAGCAAGAAUGCAUCUCAUAAGCACCUGACUGCUACCGAAUUGUUCUUGGGAGCUUUGGCGGCGGCCAUUUCUCAACUUUUCACCAUGCCUAUUGGUGUUGUGACGACACAGCAACAGACAGACAAGCACCGGCGGUCAUUGUAUCAAUUGAUCAAGGAAGUUUAUGUACAUGAUGGUAUAAAGGGCUUCUGGAAGGGCUUGAACGUGUCUUUGGUUUUGUGCAUUAAUCCGUCGAUCACAUAUGGUUCUUUUGAACGCUUGAGGCAAAUAUUGUACAACGAUAAGCAAUAUUUGGGACCUUUAGAAAGUUUUAGCAUUGGUAUGUUGGCUAAGUCUUUAGCCACUAUUGCCACCCAGCCCUUGAUUGUAUCCAAGGCCAUGCUUCAGAAAAAGCAUCAUCCAGCUCCAAAGGAUGGAAAGGCUGAAGCAGCUGUGGAUGAGGGUGAUGAAAUAAAGUUUGAUAGUUUUACGCAUGCGUUGGAACAUUUGUGGAAGACAGAAAAGUUUCAUGGUUUAUACAAGGGCAUUGGACCGCAGUUACUCAAAGGCGUCAUUGUCCAAGGCUUGUUGUUUAUGUUUAAGGACCAGCUUGACAUGUUGUUUUUGCUUGCACUUAAAAGUCUUCAGAAGCGGCGGAGGUCUUUGGUGAAGGCAUAG